AUGGUUCUCCGAAUUCGGCUGGCACGCUUCGGCAACGCACACAACCCCUUAUACAACAUUGUCGUUGCGCAGGCACGCUCUGCUCGCGGUUCUAAGCCUCUCGAGGUCAUUGGUACAUACAACCCUGUGCCGAAGCUUCCUACAAAUCUGUACGAUGACAACCCCAAUGCGCGCCCAUAUAAAGAUAUUGCGCUUGAUCGAUCACGCGCAAAGUACUGGCUGGGUGUCGGUGCGCAGCCUAGUGAUCCGGUCUGGAAGCUUAUGACAAUGGCUGGCCUGGUGGAACCGAAGCCCACUACUCACUCCAAGGUGUAA